GUAUGCGCCUACUUCAUGUGGCCGGGAUUACGGUUUUCGGAACCGACUACGGUGGAUUAUUCGUACAAUUGCUUGGAAAGCCUGAACCUCGCUCGAGGAUGUUGGCAGACCUGCAUGCCUUGACUGGAUGCUAGCUCAUCACCAAGGAUGCUAUCGCACGAAGCAGAUGGCUGCAUUGCUCCUGGUGCUCAUAACAGUGCAUAUUUCCAUUUUGUUAGUCACCGAUGCAGUGAACCCAGGUUGUAGCUGCGUACUGUUCGACAGCAUGUACGGAAAGGAGCACGGCAUCUUCACGUCCCCCAACUGGCCGACGCCUUACGAGAGGAACACCAAUUGUCUCUUGUACACGUUCGUGGGCGAGCCGGACGACAUCGUCGAGCUCACUUUUGACGAGUUCGACGUCCAGAAGAAAAAUGAUGAGUGCCUGAGCGGUGACUUCGUGCGUCUAUUCCUGCACCUGAACGAAACGAGCGUGGGCGAAGCGACACCCUGGAACUCUGUGCUGUGCGGCACCGAAGUUGACAUCGAACAAGUGCACUACUCGGCUGGCCGGGCGCUAGUGUUCGAGUUCCACUCGGACGGGCAGCACGGAGACAACACUGGGUUCAGGGGCACCUAUCGCUUCAUCAAGAAGAACAUGUACAGAGUGGACGGCGUGGCCGUUCCCAACACGACGUGCAGCUACCGGUUCGCGAGCGCCAAUCGCACGGAGGGUCACGGCCACUUCUACUCUCCGCUCUACCCGUCCACGUAUCCCAAGAACGUGCGCUGCCUGUACAGCUUUGUGGCGCGCUUCAACGAGAGAGUGCGCAUCACAUUCGAGAAGAUUCGGCUCCAACAGGGUGACUACAGCUGCCUGACGAGUCCUGACGCAAUUGUCGUCUACGACGGCAAGGACUUGGCAGCCCGGGUAAUCGCGCAGUUCUGCAACACGCACUACUUCGUGGAACUUCUUUCGACCGGCCCUGACAUGAUGGUCGAGUUUGUGAGCCGGAGUCAGUCGCCUGGGCAGGGAUUCAAGGCAUCGUACCACUUCGAAGAGGAACUCCACUACGCCGAAGGAGGACCGUCUUCCGAGCUACUUCAGGCUUGGCUCUCCAGUUGUGCCUCGACGCCCCCAUCGUGGUCUCCUGUCCAAAGUCUAGACAGCCAAGUGGAAACUACCGAUGCGCCGUUGUACACGACGCCAGACCCAGGGUCCGGGUGCGACCAGCUGUUCAGCAGCACAGCAUCGAGAAACGGGACGUUCUCUAGCCCUGGCUACCCCGACAGCUACCCCGCGGACACCCGCUGCACCUACCACUUCAGCGGGGAAGGCAUCGAAAGGGCGCAGGUUGUCUUCCUUGACUUCGACUUGUACCAGCCCGACGACUCGUACCACACGUGCGAGGCUGCGGACGCCGUUACCGUGUUCGUCUCGAUCAACGGCCAACGCGACAGGGUGGACAGUUUUUGCGGCAGCGACGUGCCCAACCAGGUGAUGUCGACAGGCCGCAACCUGACGCUCGAGUUCCGCUCCCUACAGAGCCCAGGAAACUCGACUGCCAGAGGAUUCAGGGCAGCCUACCAGUUCGUGACGGAUUUCGGCAUAACUUCAGGGAAGCAAGACACGUCCUUCGCGUGCGGCUUCGCCUACAAUAGCAGCGACUCGACGAACGGCAGCUUCGCGUCUCCCAACUGGCCCGGCAUCUACCCCAGGGACACCGAGUGUCAUUACUUCUUCUACGGGGUUCCGGGCGAGAAGGUGUUCAUCGAAUUCGCCUACUUCGACAUCGAAGGCCUGCCACCAUGCACAGCCGAGACUGCGAGUGACUACGUGGAGUUCUCCAGUGCCCGAAGAGCUGAUCACAAGAUUCCUCGCCAUUGCGGCAUGCAGAAACCACCAAGUAUCGAGUCGGAGGGAGAAUUCUUCCGCGUCACCUUCAGGACCAACGACCGCUUCGACGGAACGGGAUUCUCGGCACAAUACCAGUUUAGGAGCGUAAUAGAUCCUUACACAAUCAAAAGGUUCAGGGGAGGCGCAACAUCAUCACAAGGCUGCACGCAGAUCAUUGCCCUCAUCAUCUUGGUCGAGUUGUUGCGACUUGUAGGAGGACUUCGGUAGCAGCGGUGGCGUUCUAGUGCGGACGGUGGUGUAUUCGUGCGGUGCCUCUCAUGUCCAGUGACGCUGGUGGUGGAGUGCGAAAAGUAUGGCGCUGUGGUGCGUUAAGAAGGCACAAGCAAAGAGGCGUGUCGAGCACUCUUUGACUUCAUACGGGUGUGCGGCGCAUGAAACUGUCAAUGAGGAGCACCGUUCAUCGCUGUGUCUUGCUCAAGGACUCGACGCCGUGACCGCCGAAUGGAUGCGUGGAAGAGGCUGCAAAAGGGAUGAUCCUCCUGUUGCGGUCAUAGAAAAAAAAAGAACUGUCGUGUGUGAAACACGCAGAUGUUGUGUGGAAUGUUGCCGCGAGCUGAAUGAACAGAUAUGGUCUGUAGAUUUUGUUUUUAUCUUGUUAUUACUCGUGAGACGUCACGAGAGUCCGGAAAAGACUUUUCUGUAGAAUACUAAGUUUGCUCACGCGUCUGUAGGAAAUGCCACUGGUCCAUCUCAUAAAGCUUAUUUUAUUUUUUCUGCCUUCUUUAUUUAGUUGAGAGGAACGUAUACACAGACUGAUUGAGGUGAAAAUAACUAAACCCUGCUAAGAUAUGGAGGACAUGUUACGCACAAGCCAUUGAAAGCAAGAUUAUUUUGGUGCUGCAGUCAUGGAUGUAAUGAUGGGAAGGCAUACCGUAAAAAUUAACAUACUAUGCUUAAUGUAGAUAUCCAUAACAGAGCACCCCAUUGUUUUUUCAUCGAACAAAACAAGCACAGUGACACAUAAUUGCACUUGUUUUAAAAAAUUAGGCGGCUGCAUAAGCCUUCGUAGUAUGGCUUUGUACUCAGUGGCACUUGCUGAAUACUUUUGCUAAGUUCACAUUAUAUUUAGCACAGAUGAGAGCUGCAUAUUGUAGGCGCAGAUACCUAGUAGAUGAUAUCUCGGAAACAUAGUUCCCUUGUAAAUUAUUCACUGGCGAUUAUAAUAGGAGUGCGACAGUUUAACUCAGCACUACAAACAUUGGACAGGGUUGUGUGAUGAAAACAGAUUUGAUCAUUGCUACAGUUUUGUUUAGGUUUUGCUACCUUGCUCUGUUAGAGCGGAAUAUUAGUUCUUCAGGAAAGCAAUCCAAAAGGUGCAGAACAAGCAAUUCUACAAGUGACUCCGCCAUUAUACAGAAAUGGUCGAAUCAACAAGGUGGCUUCCAUACGCAAGAUGACAGUCUAAAACCAGCAAGAAUGACACUUUAGUACAGGCCACACACUUUGUCAGGGCCUU